AUGUCAUCACUGACUACAUCCAGAAGAAAUGGAUCUUUAGAAAGAGUAGACGCCUUCACCGAAUACGAGAAGAUUCUUCUUCGUGAGGCAACACCACGUAUUCAAGAUUUCAAAGAAAUACGGGUUCUUGAACAGAUGCUUGACAAUCAGUCAAUAGUUGUGGCCGAGACACUUAUUGUUGAACGUAUCAGUAAGCCGUUGUGUCAUUAUUCCCUUCGGAUAGUGGAACUUAGAAGUGUGGCUGCCCUCCGUGCGGCUUUCCAUGAGAUUAAUCUCCUCAAAAAUAUUGGGAUACAUCCACGCAUUAUGGGCUUAUUCAUGGCAUUCCGCCAUCGGCAGUACCUUGGACUACUACAACCGCCAUUCUCUACAUUGCAUGAUAAGAUUGAUUUGUUACGUCGUUUCAAGAAAUCAGCGGGAACAUGUUCUCCUGUCAUCUUUAGAGACCCGUGCACUAAAAUUUCUAUGAAAAAUUGUUCUCGGAUGUCUGAACGUUUUUUGAAGGAACAUGGUGUUUUUAACAGGAAUGCAGUUGUGUUUGUACUAAUGCAGGUCAUUUCAGCGCUCGAAUUUCUCAAUGCAAAAAAUUUUGUUCAUACUCAAAUUUCCUCAUCAAGCGUUUUUAUUGACGGGCGAUGUUCCAUUAAACUUGGUUCAUUUAUGCAUUGUCGACGUAUUGGAUCGAAGCGAUGCUUAUUCACUGGAAAUCCAAAUCUUUUUCCACCUGAAGCAUUCCAUUGUGAUGAUCUUUUUGUCAAGCAAAACUUUGACACAUGGGCUCUUGGACUCUUUGUUUUGGAGAUGGCAACGGGAAGGCGCAUGCGUUAUUCGCGCAAUGAAAUGUCAGAUUUGGCUGCUAAAUUUCUCAAUGGCACUGAAGCACCACCAACACUGGAAGAAACUGCUCCUGAUACUGUUUUUCGUGGACAACAACUUUACGAUCCACAUGUCACAAACUUCCUUUCUGAAUGUUUCAAGAUACACCAUGCUAAACGCAGAGCUCCUCUUGAGCUAUUAUCACAUCCUUUUUUGGCUCGUUUUUUCGACAAAGGGGAAGCUCGUCUACAGCUUGGAGUUGAACCACUUAAAGAGAUUCCAUGGGAGCGCCGAAGAAAUCUUCGUCUUGAUAUCCUUACUUGCCAGUCACAUUAUGCACCUCUCAAAGAAGAGCUCCUGGACCAAAUAUGCCACGCUGUUAGACUAGUGCAAGAUAAAAGUUGUUGUCCAAUAUUUGAAGAAGAUUUAAAGGAAAGAAUGUCUAAAGAUAAAUAUGUUGCAGUCAACGCUUCUUUAGCUUUCCUUCAAGAUGAAGAUGAUGAUUGGAGCAGAGAAGUUUUAGAUGUUUCAAAUGCAAGUUCACCCGACCGUACAAUUCUGCCCAAAACACGAGCGAAUAGGAGACCAACACUUUCUGGUGAACAAAUUCGUCGUCAAAAUGUAAAUUCUCCUUUUGAAGGACGGGAAUGUCAACGUUGUGAAAUGGUUUUUUUCAUAAAUCAUAAUUGGUCUAUGAACAACCGACACUUAUUUAUUGCACUUCAAUUUGCUCGAUGGUUUGAACGAGGCCUAAUAGCUUUUGCUGAUUUGAUACGUGUAGUGGAUGAAUUAGAUGAUAUUCUUAUAGACUACAUCAUAUCCAGUGAGCCUCGUCCAUUAUCUCCAUAUAAACAUCGAAUGUUGGCUGCAAAACCCGACUCUGUAGCAUUUGUUAGUGGACUUCGACGCAGUUUUACUGAUCGUUCUCCAAGGGAUGAUAUAAGGUCACAUCGUUACAACAAUAUUUUUGUUGAAGUUGCUCUUAGUUUGGAUGCGAAAAUGGAUCGGCUUCGAGAAGGUGACACUGUUCUCUACCCUAAAGAGCUCGGGCCUUUAUAUGCAUCAGCAACAUUCUAUGAGCUAAAUAUGGAAAGACUUCGUCUUUUGGAAUCUAUAAUGCUUGGUAAAAGAAGAAUUGAUGACUGGGAAUUUGAUGUUGAACAAUGUUUUUCUGAUUCAGCAAAUACACAAACAUCUUUAACUACCCUGCUACAAGCAAGAAGAGAUAAUCCAAAUGCAAAAAUCAGUUCAGAAAUUGAUUGGGAUGUUAGCAACCAAGCAGAACAUGCUAAAAUCUGGGGUGACUACAAACGCGAUUUUUUGUUUCGCUUCGCCAAAUAUGCGAUACCAUAUAAGCUAGAAACGGAAACAGUCAAAAAGCUUUAUGAGACACCAAAAUCCUCCAUCUCUAAAUCUCCUGUGGAAUCUUUAAUCGAACGUUUGCCUUGUGGAAUCCCUGAUGAGGAUAAUGUUGAAUUACAACUGGCUAAAACACUUUCUAAACAAGAAGAGGAUGUAGCUUCGCCAAUUAAAUAUCAUGAUGAUGUUGAGGCUAGAGAAGAAUUAGUGCGGAAAUUAAUGAACGAAAAUCACGCGAAGGACUUGCGGAUUCGUUCAAUGGAAGAACAAAUGGAACAGUUAAGAACUCAAUUAAAUGUUAAAUGUGAUUCACCAUUAGGACUAGAUUGACAUUUUUUAUUUUCAGAUAUACUAUUUUAAUCCUAAAUAUUUCUAACCUAAAAAAACUUAAAAAUUUCCAAAAAAUAAAAUAAAAACAAUCGAAAUUCUUUAUGUUCGUUGAGAUUGAGCGAA